CUUAAAAAUAAUGGUAGCUCACCAGACACGGGUGAAUAAAAACCACAGAAUAUUUAAUUGUUUGUUCCUGAAAAUUAUCCCCCACGCCCACUGCCCACUGUACCACCCCAAAUUCCUCCAAACCGGACCUUUCACCAUAACUCCUCUUGUCCCCCCUCCACCUCGAGCUUCACAUUCACCUUCAUCUUCACCCACAUCCUCAUAUUUAUUUUCUUCUUCUACUUAUCCUUUCAUUUUUUUAUCACUUGUGUUUUUGUUUUUCGAAGAGAUACGAGAAAGCAAAAGUAAUGGGCGAGGGUACGCUGCUCCCAGAUCUGGGCUCCGAAAUUCUCAUCCCAAUUUGUGCCGUUGUCGGCAUAGCUUUCGCCCUCUUUCAAUGGCUGCUGGUGGCCAAGGUGAAACUUGCCGACGGCAAAUCCAACUUCGCCGAUGGGAAAAGUGGGUUUACCGAAUCUCUCAUCUCGGAGGAGGAAGGCAUCAACGAUCUUUCCGUAGUUCGCAAGUGCGCUGACAUCCAAUCUGCCAUCUCCGAAGGCGCAACAUCAUUUCUCUUCACCGAAUACCAGUACGUUGGCAUCUUCAUGGUUGCUUUCGCCAUGUUAAUCUUCCUCUUCCUCGGGUCAGUGCAAGGAUUCAGCACCAGUCAUCAGCCCUGCACAUAUGACAGCACGAAAAUGUGCAAGCCUGCUCUUGCCACAGCCAUUUUCAGCACUGUAUCUUUCCUUCUGGGCGCUGUCACAUCCGUUGUGUCUGGAUUUCUCGGGAUGAAAAUCGCCACAUAUGCGAAUGCUCGGACCACUCUAGAGGCCAGGAAGGGUGUUGGGAAGGCUUUCAUUGUUGCUUUCAGGUCGGGUGCUGUUAUGGGUUUCCUUCUUGCCGCAAACGGCCUUCUUGUUCUAUACAUUGCUAUAAAUCUCUUCAAGAUCUACUAUGGCGAUGAUUGGGAAGGCCUGUUUGAGGCCAUAACUGGUUAUGGGCUUGGAGGCUCUUCAAUGGCUCUUUUCGGAAGAGUUGGUGGAGGUAUUUACACGAAAGCUGCUGAUGUAGGGGCUGAUCUUGUCGGCAAGGUGGAAAGGAACAUUCCGGAAGAUGACCCUAGGAACCCUGCGGUUAUUGCAGAUAAUGUUGGCGAUAAUGUUGGAGAUAUUGCGGGUAUGGGAUCUGAUCUCUUUGGCUCAUACGCAGAAUCUUCAUGUGCAGCCCUUGUUGUUGCUUCCAUCUCAUCAUUUGGGAUCAAUCAUGACUUGACUGCAAUGCUGUAUCCUCUUCUGGUCAGCUCGGCUGGUAUCCUCGUUUGUCUUCUGACCACUUUGUUUGCGACUGAUUUCUUUGAGGUUAAGGCCGUCAAAGAAAUUGAGCCUGCAUUAAAAAAGCAGCUCAUUAUCUCAACAAUUCUGAUGACUGUUGGAAUUGCCGUUGUUAGUUGGAUUGCUCUUCCCUCAUCUUUCACGAUAUUUAAUUUCGGAGUGCAGAAAGAAGUUAAGAGCUGGCAAUUGUUCCUGUGUGUUGCUGUUGGUUUGUGGGCCGGGCUGAUUAUUGGAUUUGUCACGGACCCUGUGCAAGAUGUGGCGGACUCAUGCCGCACGGGUGCAGCUACCAACGUGAUUUUCGGACUUGCUUUGGGCUACAAAUCAGUUAUCAUCCCAAUUUUCGCCAUCGCAAUUAGCAUUUUCGUAAGCUUUAGUUUUGCUGCUAUGUACGGUAUUGCUGUGGCUGCCCUCGGAAUGCUGAGCACUAUAGCAACUGGUUUGGCUAUUGAUGCUUAUGGCCCCAUCAGCGACAAUGCUGGCGGUAUUGCUGAGAUGGCAGGCAUGAGCCACACCAUUCGAGAGAGGACAGAUGCACUUGAUGCUGCAGGCAAUACCACUGCUGCUAUUGGGAAGGGAUUCGCAAUCGGGUCUGCUGCUCUGGUGUCCCUGGCCUUGUUUGGCGCGUUUGUGAGUCGUGCGGGCAUCACGACUGUAGACGUGCUGACUCCAAAGGUAUUCAUAGGGCUGAUUGUGGGAGCCAUGCUUCCUUACUGGUUCUCGGCAAUGACAAUGAAGAGUGUGGGCAGUGCUGCUCUGAAGAUGGUGGAGGAAGUGCGGAGGCAGUUCAACACGAUCCCGGGUCUUAUGGAGGGCACUGCAAAGCCAGACUAUGCGACAUGUGUCAAGAUCUCCACAGAUGCUUCCAUUAAGGAGAUGAUCCCUCCAGGUGCCCUCGUCAUGCUCACUCCCCUCAUUGCAGGCAUUUUCUUCGGUGUCGAGACUCUAUCUGGUAUUGCUAUAUCUGCAUCCAACACAGGUGGUGCUUGGGAUAACGCCAAGAAAUAUAUCGAGGCUGGUGCUUCAGAACAUGCUCGUAGUCUUGGUCCAAAAGGCUCGGAUGCACAUAAGGCAGCUGUGAUUGGAGAUACUGUUGGUGACCCUCUAAAGGACACUUCUGGCCCAUCACUCAACAUUCUCAUCAAGCUCAUGGCUGUUGAGUCACUCGGAGCACCACCCGUCUCCAUCGCCCAGCCACCAGACACAACAGAAGCCAGCGUUCAAUCGUCUCAUCUGCCGCGGCCGCAUCUGUUCGCCGACGCCGACCUCCACACCGGAGCCGCCACCCAGUGUCAUAUACAGCAGAUCUCCUCGAUCGCUUUCCGAGUUAUCCGUCUGCCACAAGCCCGCUGCAGCGCCAAACAAGCGUCGUCGGUCCGUCUAAUUUUAGUCGUGGAGGGCCUAGGCUGCCUCCCCAAAGAGCCGGCCCUGGUGACUAGCUGCCUUCGCGCGCAAGUUCGAUAUUAUCGGCAGACGGUGAUCGGGUUAUGCGGAAGGCUCUGGUGGCACCUCGAUCCCGCCGUUCAACUUCCACAUAUACAAAUCAGCUCCGACAUCGAGCGCCUCCGGAAAUGGACUGUCCAACACGGCGGUGGGUGGUGGUGUCGUGGGUGGAGGGAUGACGGGGUGCAUUGGCAUGGACACUCGCACAGCCGACCUCUCUGCACUCUUUUCCUACCCCACGCGGUCGUCCCCCUGUCGGCUCGCCUGACCUCGAAUUCAUCUUCUCGAAGCCCAGCGCCGUCGUGUGCAGCGACGACUUUUAGCCGUAGCACGCUUAUUCACCCUCCGGUUCCAGCGCCACAGAGUACAAAGGGUAUUGUCCACAACCUCGGUGCCUAUUCACCCUCUCGCGCUGGAUGUGAAUGUCGGGGGCUGCGUCGCGGUGGUCUGCGAUGGUCGGAUAUAUCGAGUGAAGAGGUGGCGGUACUGCGGCAGCUCACGGCGUUUUCCGUCCCGUGA